AUGGAGGUCUGGCAUGGAAUCGUGAUUGCAGUAGUGUCGCUGAUCCUGCAGGCCUGUCUCCUCGCAGUCAUCAACUACCUGCUCAGCAGGCACAUGGCCAAGGAAAAUGAGCGCAUAUUGAAAGGGGCCAGGUCCCAGGCCCCCAGUGUUAGUCCAGCUCACUGCUGCCCGCCUGCUGCCAAGGAGAGGAAGGAGACUCGGGUGGAGAGGAACGUCCUGGUGCCCGAGCCUCACUACCAGCAUGACAGUGACACGUCCUCAGAUAGCUCUGACAGCUCAGACAGCUCACCUCCCACCACCUGCCAGGUCACCAAGGAUGUGAACUACACACAAGUAGUCUUUGCAGCCCCUGGAGACCGAAGAAAUGACUCUGUCCUGGACUAUGAGAACAUAAAGGAAGCCACAGAUUAUGUCAAUGUCAAACCAAAGAGCCACAAGCCCAAUUUCUGGACUUUUGUGAACCCUGCUGUCUCUGAACCAGUGGAAUACUCUCAAGUGGUCAUGUGA